CACACAUCAUCACUAUAAUCCCAUCCCCAAAGCUCAAAAAACUGCUCUGUACGCACUUUGAAACCUGGAAGAAAGCAAAAGCCAUGGAGUCACAGUCACCGACAAGAAAUGUUAUGAUGGGUUUUUUGAUUAUAAUACUGACGGUGUCAACUGUGAAAGCUUGGACUGGUGAAAUCCAUGGAAGAGUUGUUUGUGAUGUGUGUGGCGAUUCAUCUAUUGGCCCUGAAGAUCAUGUCUUAGAAGGUGCCGAAGUAGCUGUUCUUUGCAUAACAAAAGCUGGGGAAGUUCUAAAUUACCAAGCAUUUACAAAUGCGAAGGGGAUAUACACUGUGGCAGAGACCAUGCCUGAGAGUGACCGUUGGGAUGCAUGCUUGGCACGGCCUAUUAGUAGUUUCCAUGAGCACUGCACCCAUCUGGGGAAUGGAAGCACAGGAGUGAAGUUUACUUAUAACCGUCCAUCAGGUUAUUCUCACGCUGUCAAACCAUUUGUCUACCGCCCUGCAGAAGUACCUACAUACUGCAUUUAGAUGCUACACAAGAUAUCAUGUAAAUUUGAUUUAAAAGUUAUGCAUAUUCUAUCUGGAAGAAAUUAGGGAAUAGUAAGUUCAUGUUUUACAUAAACAUGUGCAUUUUGAUGGCCAUGUGCUUGUAUGUGGUCGAUAAAUACAUAAUUGCCAGAAAAAUUAUCCGGUUUGUUUAACCUAUGCUUACAUUCAGAAAGCUUAGUGAAGCCAAACUCUUGGCUUCAUUCUGUGUUAUUUAAGCAUGUAUUCCCCAUUCUGCAUA